AUGUCUUUAUUAAAAACAAUUUGGGGAUGUUUGUUUAGUCCUCGUCUGUACAAGUACCAAGAAAUAACAUGGAAGUCAUACGAACCAAAUGGUUUUGAACGAUGGGGAGAUCAUGUCGUCACGUCUUUUGCAACGUUAUGGUCACUGAGCAUCUGGGCAGUCCCUAUAAUAUCACCAUUUAUUUUCCGGCGUAGUUAUUCGUUGAUCGACAGUGUAUAUACAAUUUCAAGAUUCGUUGCUGGUGCUGGAGUUAUUUUCAUAGCUUCUUUGGCGGUCAGAGGUUACGCUAGAGCUAACAACCCGACUUAUUUAAAGUUCAUAAAGACCCUGACUAAAGCACAGCAAGCUUACAAUCAAGAAUCUAAAGAAGCUCUUCUUAAAUAUGAUUUUCAAUUUUGGGCAUGGCCGGUUGAUUUUGAAAUUCUUUCGAUAAAUAGGCCAAAUGGAAAAACAAGAAUAGUCAUCCAAAAUUCAAGUAGGCUAGCUAGAAGAGGAGGCAAGGAUUUAAUAAUGGCAGUUCCUUGUAAAAUAGUAUCUUAUAUUGUUGCUAAUACUGUUGCGAUAAGGCUGAUGUACCCUGGUAGCUUGACUAUUAUAAAUUUCGCUAUGCAAUCACCAAUGCUGCAAGGAAGAAUGGAUAUGCUAGACGCCGGCGGAAGUAGAUCAAAACUGCGGACAGUAAACAAAAAUGACAUCGACACGAUGUUCAUUGAUCGACGACACAAGUCAUCUAACGGUCAUAUACUGGUAAUAACUUGCGAAGGUAAUUGCGGGUUUUACGAAACAGGAAUUAUGACAACGCCUAUGAAUAAAGGAUACUCCGGGUCGCCUUUCCCAGAUGCCGAAAUUGAUGGCAUGGAAGCUGUAAUGCGUUACGCUGUUGAAAAAUUAGGUUUUCCUGAAGAAAGAAUCAUCGUGUAUGGCUGGAGUAUUGGUGGUUACACUGCCACGUGGGCUGCGAUGAAUUACCCUGGUAUCCAUGGCCUAGUUCUCGAUGCGACAUUCGACGACGUUCUUCCUCUGGCCAUCUCACGAAUGCCGGCGGCUAUCGAUGGCAUCGUUCGCACUGUCAUCAGAGAGUACUUGAACCUUAAUGUCGUAGAGCAGCUGAAGAGAUACGACGGUCGAGUACUUCUAGUACGUCGAACUGAUGACGAAAUAAUGUGUACACCAACGAAUAAUUUGUCGGAUAAUCGUGGAAAUAUAUUGCUCACUAAAUUACUUAUGUACCGGUAUCCUAAUCUUUUGACGAAAAAUACACCAGCUACCUAUCCAUCGAGUUUAGGGGAAGAUUGUGAUACUGUGACAAAACAACAGCUUGUUAUUUAUCUUGCAAAUAAAUACAUGGAGGACCAGGUGUCGCAACAUUGCUCUCCACUUAUUACUGAACUGUUUCACCCUGGUUGGGAUCCUCUAAGCACAUUUAAGCUCAGAGCAACGUAA